AUGAUCGUAAGUCGAAGACGACGUUGAAAGACAAGUUUCAGCGAUUCUUUGUUUCGAGCUUGUUGGUUGUUCCCAUCUUUUCCACUUUGACUGGCCAGGAUUCUGAUGACAUCAACAGGAAUGGUCUGUCUGAACCAAAAGACCCUCCGUCUGACCCCGUAGAUAUCCGACGUCGCGGAUAUAUACCGGAUCCCCUAAGAAUGCGGACGGCUAAGAAGCGUACCAGAGAUCACUAUGACCUCACCGUGAAAAUCCCAGAGAACUUUGACGCGGCGGAAAAUUGGCCUGAAUGUGCUGACGUCAUCAACAACAUCCGUGAUCAGUCCAACUGCGGCUCUUGCUGGGCCGUAGCUGCGGCGGGCGUCAUCUCCGACAGGAUUUGUAUUUCCACAAAAGGAAAAUACAAAGUCUCAAUCUCCAGCAUUGCGACAGCUUCAUGCGGUGGAAGAGACGGGUAGGCAGACAAAUCCUCAAUAUUUAGGGAGGUUCCCGAUUGCGACGCUCAGAUGUUGAUGAAACUUGGCAUAAAUUUGGAUUUAUAGUACGUUUUCUAGAACAGAUGGGAGUAUACCUUUCUUGUUAUGAAAAGUUUUUUUACCAGUUCCUACCGUAAUGGGUAAUGUUUCUUCAAAAAAAUCAUUUCUUUCGGCAUAAAACUAGCAAGAAUAUAGCCAAGAAUCGUAUAUCUCUCUAAAUUAAACCUUCACGAAUUUCUAUGUGGCGUAAUGCCCGAAGUAUGUGCAAAAUGAAAAAAAAAUAUCUGAGCGUCGCACUUGAGGCCCUUCCCUUGCAAUAUGUUUGUAAUACACUGAUCUUCAGAUGCCAUGGGGGCGGCGAAUUUAUAGCUUUCCACGAAUUUAUUGCUGAUGGCCUUCCAACGGGCUCAGAAGUCGACAAGCAUGAAGGUUGCCAGCCUUAUCCCUUCAAGAAGUGUGCUCAUCACAUCAAUUCCACCGUAUACCCACCUUGCGACUCAAUUCCCAGCGGGCAUGCCGACACAUGCUCGCACAAAUGUCAAGCUGGCUAUCCGAGGAAGUACGAGGAUGAUUUGUUUUUCGGCAAAGAUGAAUACAUCCUGUUGAACGAAGAGGCAACUCAACGAGAAAUCCUUGCCAAUGGGUCCGUUUUUAGGCUUUUUCUGCUACGACAGUUUUGAUAAUUACACAGGGGGAAUUUAUCAGGUGAGUUUUGGACGGAGUUAAACUUACCGUUUAGCACGAUCCUGACGAGACGAAAGGCGGCGGGCACGCCGUGCGCAUCGUUGGUGAGAACGGAACAAAGUACUGGAAAAUUGCGAACAGUUGGAACGAAGGCUGGGGCGAGCACGGCUUCCUCCGCAUUAUCAGGGGCAUUGAUGACGGUGGCAUAGACAGUUUGAAUGCCGCUGUUUCGAUUGACACUGAUCGUCUUCCGAAGAAGUGGGCAACUUACGCACCCCGUUCAAGAGUUUGA